AUGCCCAGCAAGCAUGAGGCCUUGUUCAUUGCAUUCUCUAGCUACAUAUGUGUAUCAAGGUCGGGAAGUCAACAUGAUGAACGACUAGCAUCGGAGCUGUGCAGAAGGAAACGCGCUGCGUGGGGAGCAUUUUCAGGAUAUCGAGCGAGUAGCGAAGAAGACAAAGAACAUCCGGCUCCGCGCUCACCUUUUCGACACAGCUGCCCUUCCUGCUUGGACGAAUGCCUCGGAGGCUUGGAUUUUACGGAGGCAGGAUUCAUAUGCUCUCAGCGUCACUCAAAGCGCUUUGGAAAGGACAAUGCUCGGAAUUUCUCUGCUCACCCAAGUGCAAAAGGGAAUCCGGUGUACCGAGCUCCGUCAGGAACGAAGAUCAGAGACGUCGAUGCUUACGCCAAGAAGUCGAUGAUGAGGUAG